UGCCAGCAGCACACACAGCCAUGGGGCUGCUCACCGGAGACACACUGGCAUGCCUGGCCUUGGCCAUGGUCAUUUUUUUGCUCCUCGUGGACCUCAUGCACAGGAGAGUGAGCUGGGCCCCUCGCUACCCUCCAGGCCCUAGGGCCCUGCCUGUGCUGGGCAGUCUGCUAGAGUUCGACUUCCAGGACAUGAACUACUCCAUGAGCCGGCUGCGGAGUCGCUUUGGAGAUGUGUUCACCCUGAAGAUGGGCUGGACGCCUAUGGUCGUCCUCAACGGGCUGGUGGCAAUACGUGAGGCGCUGGUGCAUCAGAGCGAGGACACCUCUGACCGGUUUAUUAUGCCCAUCAAUACCUGCUUUGGUUGGGGACCCCAAUCUCAAGGCAAGAGGAAAAAGAAGGACCCUAUGCACGCUAUGGGCAAGGCAUGGCGCGAGCAGCGGCGAUUCUCCGUGUCUACUAUGCGCAACUUCGGCCUGGGCAAGAAGUCACUGGAGCAGUGGGUGACCGAGGAGGCCGGCUACCUCUGUGAGGCCUUCAAUGGCCAUGCUGGUGAGACGCCCCUUAGCCCCAACAUCCUACUGAAUAAAGCUGUGAGCAACGUGAUCUCCUCCCUCAUCUACGCACGCCGCUUUGAGUACCAGGAUCUGAGCUUCACCAGAAUGCUACAGCUAAUGGACACCUCCAUAAAAGAGCAAUCAGGAUUCCUAGCCCAGGUCCUAAAUGCUGUCCCAGUGCUUCUGAAAAUCCCUGGGCUCCCUGCCAAAAUCUUCCCAGGGCAGACUGGCUUCAUUGACAUGCUGGAUGAACUGAUCGCUGAGCAGAAGGCCAUCUGGGACCCGACUCAGCCUCCUAGAAACCUAAUUGAUGCCUUCCUGGAGGAAGUGGGGAAGGCCAAAGGGAACCCCGAAAGCAGCUUCAACGAUGCCAACCUGCGCAUGGUGGUGCUUGACUUGUUUACUGCUGGCAUGAUAACCACCUCAGCCACACUGGUCUGGGCCCUGCUGCUCAUGAUUCUACACCCAGAAGUACAGCGCCGUGUCCAGCAGGAGAUCGAUGAGGUGAUAGGGCAGGCACGGCCACCAGAGAUGGGGGACCAGGCCCACAUGCCUUACACGAUGGCCGUGAUCCACGAGGUGCAACGCUUUGGGGACAUCGCCCCACUAGGAGUCCCCCACAUGACAUCCCGGGACAUUGAAAUCCAGGACUUCCUCAUCCCCAAGGGGACAACGCUGCUCACCAACCUGUCAUCGGUGCUGAAGGAUGAGAGUGUCUGGGCAAAGCCCCGCCGCUUCCACCCGGAGCACUUCCUGGAUGCCCAGGGCCACUUCGUGAAGCACGAGGCCUUCAUGCCCUUCUCUGCAGGCCGCCGUGCAUGCCUCGGGGAGCCCUUGGCUCGGAUGGAGCUCUUCCUCUUCUUCACCUGCCUCCUGCAGCGCUUCAGCUUCUCGGUGCCCGCAGAUCAGCCCCGCCCCAGUGAUCAUGGUAUCACACAGGGCAUGGUGAUUCCGCCCCCUUAUGAGCUCUGUGCUGUGUCUCGCUAAGGGGGACACCCAGACCCCACUUGCUUCUCUGCUGUGGAUCAAAUGCUCAAUAAACCAGCCCAGGUCCCAGCCUGA